AUUCUUUCGACGUAUACCCACGCCCACCCUAUCAUCUACCCCUCUUCCUUAGACUUUGUCGCCCCCAACUCUCCUGGCACAAUAUGUCGGUACUAGCCUCAAAACGACUGGGCAAGGAGCUCACGAAGGUUAGCCUCCGCCCUCCCACCGUGCUUGCGUUGCGUCGGUUCCCUUAAGGUUGAUAAGCGCUGACCGGACCGAAUACAAAGCUCCACCAAACCACCCCGCCGGGAAUCACGCUGAUCGACGCCGAGAGCCUGGAGGAAUGGACGAUGGACAUCCAGGUGCUGGACGAUAAUCCGCUGUACAAGGGCGAGACGUACCGGUUGAAGUUCCGCUUUAGCAAGCAGUAUCCCAUCGAAGCCCCCGAAGUCGUCUUCGUGCAAGACCCCACGCACCCCAUCCCCCUGCACCCGCACGUCUACUCCAAUGGCUACAUCUGCCUGGACCUGCUGGACCGCGCGGGCUGGUCGCCUGUGCAGAACGUCGAGAGCGUGUGCAUGAGCCUGCAGAGCAUGUUGACGGGGAACAGCAAGGGCGAGCGGCCGCCGGGGGACGAGGAGUUCGUGCGCCGGAAUAAGCUGCGGCCGCGGGACGUGACUUGGUUGUUUCAUGACAAUACCGUAUGAGGCGGGUGGGGCACGACGGUCGCUAGGGGUUCGUUUUAACGCAGCGGGGGUAUGGCGAAUGGGGAGAAACGGUCAUUUCUGGAGUUCUGCAUCGGUUUCGGGGGUUGUUUAUUUUACAUUUCUCAUCUUGCACACGGGAUUAUGAUACCAUUGCGGAACGACGCCGCUGUGGAGCGUCAUGCGAUGGUUGGCUACAAUGGAUGGACCGACACGGUCGAUGUCUGAGUCCGUCCACCGCCCUCUAGAAUACAACCGGUCAAGAUGAAUUGGCUAGCUAUGUCAACCCCCGGAAUGAUAUGUGAUCAUGCUGUAUCCCUGCCGGUUCCGUAACUUCGUGCGCUGGUCUUCUCCAUGUGGUCAUGAAAUGUGAUCCACACUUCCUUUUCCCCUGGCCUCUGGGUACCAUGUAGAGAUAGAAUCAUGCGGAUACGUCGUAAGAUAUGCGCCCAGGACGCGUGCACAAAUAUGUAAGA